ACGGACCCUGGAAGUCUUCCCGUCUGCUGCUCGUUGACGGACGCGUCUGUCGGUUAAUCACGAACAAUUUUGAACAUUAUGAGCUGUGGUGUAACUAAGACAUAAAGGGGGAUGAACAUGCACUGAAUACACUGAAUCAGUGAGAUGUCUCUGGCUCAGAGGGUCCUGUUGACCUGGGUCUUCACCCUGGUCUUCCUCAUCAUGCUGGUACUGAAACUGGACGGGAAGGUGCAGUGGAACUGGUUCCUCAUCUUCCUCCCCGUCUGGGUGUUUGAUGGCAUCCUCAUCCUCAUGCUCGCCAUCAAGAUGGCGGGCCGUUGCAAGCCCGGGUACGACCCACGCAACGGCUCCCCGGACCUGCGUCUGCGUGCCUGGUACCUGACGGCCAUGCUGCUCAAGCUGGGCUUCUGCCUGACGCUGUGCGCCAAGCUGGAGAAGCUAGCGGAUGUAAAGCUGACUUUCGUGUGCAUACCACUGUGGACCAUGUUACUGGGGGCACUGGUGGAGCUGGGGAUGAAUAUCUUUCCUGAUAGGAGAGAGGCCUAAGAAGGAUGAAUUAUGACACGACCCGCCUGAUUAUGUUUCCAGAAAGGACUGAGAAUCAAAUCAUCAUUUCAGACAUAAGUAUUCGUCUUAAGAACAAGAGACUUUGUGUAAAAAUGAAAAAAAAACACAGGGUGUUCAGACCUCGGGAGUCUGCUGUCUGUCCAUUCAUUUAAAAUGUUCAAAUUUUACUUUAAAAUGGCAGUAUUCUCUUUACAAAGAAAAACAAAUGCCAAAAGGGGGAUCAACUGUAAAUGUAUAAGACUACUGUGAAUCCUACACUGGAAGAAACAAUAACAUCCUCCAAUGUUUGCUUUUAUUUUAAAGAUGUUAAGUAUUGUAUUCCAGUGUUCAUUUUGACUGUAUAUAAGCUGGCUCACCUGCUUUGUAAAGGUCACCACACAGGGAGGAACUGAAAUUUUGACUCUACUUCCUUUAUUUAAGUUGCAUAACAUUAACUUUCACUCUUGGUACCAAAUCAUGGAGUGGACAUUUUGCUACAUAUGCGAUAGAUAUAGUGUUUCGUAUUGAAGCACAAACUUCUUUUCAUUCCUGAUCUGUGGAGAUUAGUUGGGCCAAAUAUUAUUUAACAAGUUAUAAAUUAACUUGAGAGGCGUUUGCGACAACAGCUUGGUUUUUAGCUGCAAUCACAUAAGGAAACUGUGUUAUUUAAGAAAUUGUUGAGGACAUAAUAGUAUCUUGGAACAACUUGUGAUUUUUCCACAGGCUGCCCUCCCUGCUCUGUACAAUGUCUCUUUUGUACCAUGUAAAUCAUCAUGUGCCCCAUGAAAAUCACUAACCUCUUAUUACUGUUAGUACACGGUCACUAGGAAAAAUACCUUGACAUGUAUCACGAUAACGACCGUGUUCCUACUGUAUGUUGAGUUAAAUUAUUAGGGUUUAAACAUGCAUCAGAAUACUUUUAUCAGCAGGUUAUAGUUUUGUCAUCAUUGUUUCAUAUUUCAACUUCAUGGUACGGCUGACACUGUGCAUGAGAGACAUUUGUUUUGUGCCAUUUGAUUGUUUAUUCGUAUUUCAAAUACAUUCUUUGCAUAUUUUGCACUGUGUUGAAAUGAAAAGGAAUACGUGAUUUGAGAUCGAAAGUGUUUGAUAAUUAAUGCACGUCUUGUAAAAAAAAUAAAUGGA